CGGCCAUCGAAUCCCAGUCCAGAAAAACAUCAGAAGGGGAAGGGAACAAAUGGGAGACCUUUAUGUGGCAAAACAUUCCAAAGUAAAUCUAGGUUCAAUUCACACUGCAGAAUCCACACAGAGGAGAAACCGUGUAAAUGCUUGGUGUGUGGAAAGAGCUUCAGUGACAGCUCAGGCCUAAAAUCACAUGAAAAAAUUCACGCAGGACAGGAAUCAUACAAAUGCCUAGAAUGUGGAAAGGGUUUCAAUCGCCACUCAAACCUUAAAAGACAUCAGAAAGUCCACAGUGAGGAGAAACCAUAUUCCUGUCUAGAGUGUGGAAAGGCCUUCAUUUACAGCUCAGGCCUUGUAGAUCAUCAAAAAAUUCACACAGGGGAGAAACCGUAUACCUGUUUGGACUGUGGAAAGACCUUCUGUCAAAGCUCAAACCUUGCAUCUCAUCAAAAAACCCACACAGGGGAGAAGCCAUAUAAAUGUUUGGAGUGCGGAAUGAGCUUCGCUCAUGGCUCAAGUCUUACAUUGCAUCAAAGAAUUCACACUGGGGAGAAAUCUUAUAAAUGUUUGGAGUGCGGAAGGAGCUUUGCUCACAGUGUUAGCCUUACUACACAUAAGAGAACCCACACAGGGGAGAAACCAUAUAAAUGCUUGGAAUGUGGAAAGUGCUUCAGCCAGAGUUCACACCUUAGUUCACAUAAGAGAACUCACACUGGUGAGAAGCCGUAUAAAUGCUUUGAGUGUGGGAAGAGCUUCAGUCAUAGUUCACAUCUUACUGUGCAUGAGCGAAUCCAUACAGGGGAAAAACCAUAUAAAUGUGUGACAUGUGGAAAGAGCUUUAGUAACUCCACAUCACUUGUUAUCCACCGCAGCAUCCAUUCAGAAGAGAAGCCAUAUAAGUGCUUUGAGUGUGGAAAGAGCUUCCGGCAUGGUACAGGCCUUCAUAAACAUCAAAAAAUUCACAGAGGUGAAAAACCGUAUGCAUGUUUUGAGUGUGGAAAGAGCUUCACUCACAGAUCACAGUUUAAAUGUCAUCAAAGAAUUCACACAGGGGUGAAACCAUAUACCUGUUUUGAGUGUGGAAAGAACUUCACUGAAAGCUCAAGCCUUAGAUCUCAUCACAAAGUUCACACAGGGGAGAAACCACAUAAAUGUUUGGAGUGUGGAAAGAGAUUUGCACAUGGAUCUGGCCUUACUUCUCAUAAAAGAAUUCACACAGGGGAGAAACCAUAUAUAUGUUUGGAGUGUGGAAAGAGAUUUGCACAGGGAUCUGCCCUUACUUCUCAUAAAAGAACUCACACAAGGGAGAAACCAUAUAAAUGUUUGGAGUGUGGAAAGAGAUUUGCACAGGGAUCUACGCUUACUUCUCAUAAAAGAACUCACACAGGGGAGAAACCAUAUAAAUGUUUGGAGUGUGGAAAGAGAUUUGCACAUGGAUCUGGCCUUACUUCUCAUAAAAGAAUUCACACAGGGGAGAAACCAUAUAUAUGUUUGGAGUGUGGAAAGAGAUUUGCACAGGGAUCUGCCCUUACUUCUCAUAAAAGAACUCACACAGGGGAGAAACCAUAUAAAUGUUUGGAGUGUGGAAAGAGAUUUGCACAUGGAUCUACGCUUACUUCUCAUAAAAGAACUCACAUGGGAUAAACCAUAUAUAUACUUGGAAUGUGGGAAAAGAUUUGGUCAGAUUUCGCAUCUCAUUUUGCAUAAGUGAAUCAAGAUGGGGAAAAUAUUUCGAUUCUUGUAAUGAGGAAAGCACUUUAAGUGGAGCACCGCUAAUUUGCAAGAUAUAGGUUUAUUGGAUUUGGAGGGACAUAAUAACCGUUGGGCUUGGCACCCUUAUUGAAUUUAUGGAAAGGCAAAAAUACACAGAGAUUUCUCAAAUCAUAUUAUAAGGAGAUCACUUCUUAAAGUUUGGGAGAAAUACAAAGAUCGGUUGGAGCCUAAAAUCCCGUGGUGGGCCUCUCCAAGCAGAGGCCACAGUGGUGAAGGAAAAAAAUACGUUGUGAAAUUGGCCUACUUAUAAAAUAAUUUUAAAAGAAGAUAACCAACUGAAACUUAAAAGUUUUGAGGAAUUAAGAGAUAUUAUUACAGAUUGGUUCCAAUAUUAUCCAAUAUUCAAAAAAAUUAAUGUAGAUAAAAAGGGUUUGCCAAGGAAACCUCGAGAUUUGAUUUACAUCAGCCGUGAUAAAGUGGUCUCAAGACUUUGGGUAUGUUAUAACAUUGUCCCAAUGGGAAAAUCUGUGGAAGAAUAGUUGGAGAUUUACCACGUGCUAUGCCAUAAGGAAAACGUUUUAAAAAUGCAGCACCAGUGGUAUUUGACUCCAUGGAAAUUAGCCAAAAUGUACAAAGGAGCCAAAAGUAACUGUUGGAGAUGUGGAGAUCAAACAGGCUCACUGUAUCAUAUAUGGUGGCAAUGUAGCAAAAUAAAGAAAUUUUGGGAGGAAAUCCAUUCAGAAUUAGAAAAAAUGUUAAGACUUUCCUUUACAGUGGGACCUCGGGUUAAGAACUUAAUUUGUUCUGGAGGUCCAUUCUUAACCUGAAACUGUUCUUAACCUG